GCCAGUAUCCCGCUCGCCGUCCGCUCUCCGUAUAUGAGUGUCUGGUAUAACAACACGAACGGCUCUCUGCCUCUCUCGGAAUCCUUACCAAUCUUCUGGGGACUGCAGGAAACCGUGGGGUGGGUAGGCAGGAUAAGAGUGGACGGCCGAACAUACUCUUGGAUGGGCCAGGACGGGUCGGCACCUCUUAGUGCCACCGUCACCGAUAUGCAGAUCACCCCUACGCGUUCUAUAUUCACCAUGCAUGCUGGACUCAUGAAUUUGACAAUCACAUUCCUUUCUCCCAUCGAGCCGUCGGACUGGGUCCUACAAUCUCUACCAUUUUCGUAUGUCUCUGUGGAUGCGAGCUCCCUCGACGGGCAGAGUCACGAUGUACAGCUUUAUUCGGACAUCACUUCCGACUGGGCUACGGGCGACAGAGUUCGGGACGUCCAAUGGAGUCAACAUGCGACCGCAGGCAGUAUCUAUCACCAAGUUUCGCUGAUAGAUCUGCAGCCAGGCGAAGAAAAUAACCAACAAGCGCAAGAUGGCGUAGCGUACUAUGGGAUGGCAAACAGGCAAGGACUGACGUGGACGGUCGACAACUCUCUGAUCGCUCGAGCGCAAUUUCGAAAUUUAGGGAAGCUGGCCAACAACGCUAGCACAACCUAUGGACCCAUGCAACAGGCUAGCCCGGCGCUUGCUAUUGCUGUCGACUUGGGACAGAUUCAGUCAACGUCGACCUCCGUGACAUGGACUGUCGGCUUUGUACGCGACCCGUCGAUUGUAUAUGCGGCUCCGAACGGUGCCACGGAGCAACUGAGGCCAUAUUUCGUCACCAGAUACGGCUCUGACAUCGGGCGCGCCAUUGACGACCUCACGUCCGGCUACGCAGACACGCUACAAAGAGCCGUCGCGCUAGAAAAAUCCAUCAUAGCAGAUGCGUCAAAUGUAUCGACGGAGUACAGCGACCUCGUUUCUCUCGCUACAUGUCAACCCUUCGGAUCCAUAGAUAUCACAGUCUCGUCCGACGCGGACGGCAACCCAAACGCUACCGAUGUUAGAAUCUUCAUGAAGGACAUAGGGGGACUCAGUGCGACGCAGCCUGUGACACAUGCUCCGGAGCGGAUAUAUGCGGCAAUGCCCAUGUUCCUCUACUUCAAUGCGUCUUUCCUCGGGCCACUGAUCGCGCCUCUCCUCGACGCUCAAGAUAGCCUAACAGGCAUGUUGUACGCUGCGCAGGAUCUAGGUAGGCUCUUGCCUAGGGCCCUCAAUCAUUCCGUCGAGCAAUCCCUGACUCAUGGCAGGGUUACAGAGUCCGGUAACAUGCUAAUCAUGGCCUAUGCGCAUGCACGAUUGACCGGCGACGGCUCACUGAUCCACAAUCAUUACAACCUCACGAAGCGUUGGGCCGACUACCUUGUUGCGAACACCCUGAUCCCGGACAACCACGGAGCGAAUCAGACGAAUCUCGCCCUCAAGGGCGUCAUUGGGAUAAAAACUAUGGCGGAGAUCAGCCGUGCGCUGGGCGAGCAGGACGAUGCUCAACAGUACGAUGUCCACGCAGCUGCCCUUAUGGACGGGUGGCAGGCCCUUUCGCUCUCGACGAACACGACCCCGUAUGCACAUGCAGAGUACCAUGAUGGAGACUCUUGGGCACUGCUGUACAACGGCUAUGCUGAUCGUCUGCUGGGCACCGGCAUGUUGAGCCAGUCACUGUUGCAGAACCAGACCGCAUGGUACAAGUCCCUCAUCAGUGCAGGUGCGUGUAGCGUCUUCCCGCUACCUGGGCUAGUGUGGACAUUGACACUGCGUGCAGCAUGGCUGCUGUUCACUGCGGCUACGGCGACGGACAAUGAUGCACGGGACGGCCUGAUCCAUGGUGUAUGGGCUAGAGCUGGCAUGAAUCUGGUGGACGGCCCCUUCCCCGAACAGUACGAUGCCUGGUCCGGCAUGGUACUCCAAGACUCAGGAGGCCCCGCAGUUGGAGCGAUAUUCUCCCUCCUCGCUCUAAAGUUG